CACUCUGGACUCGUUAUGAAUACUCUAUGCAUACACCUAAAAAGUGGAAGAAUACAUAGAAAGUUCAGCGUAUGGCAGCGUUUUAGGAGAUUCUGGGAUGUCAGGCUAAAUGGUCAUGGUGUGACUGGCUUUGGCAGCAGUUCUGACUUUUCUUGUGCAUCUAUCAGCGGGGUGAUGCUGCGUGGAUCAGGAAUCAAGUGGGACCUGAGGAAGUCCCAGCCGUACGACAAAUAUGACGAGGUGGAGUUCGACGUCCCUAUUGGAACCAACGGAGACUGCUAUGACAGGUAUCUGUGCAGGGUGGAGGAGAUGAGGCAGUCGCUGAGAAUCAUGCUGCAGGCGCUCAACAAAAUGCCAGAGGGAGAGAUAAAGGUGGACGAUGCCAAAGUGGCUCCACCUAAGAGGUCUGAGAUGAAGACAUCCAUGGAAUCCCUGAUCCAUCAUUUUAAACUCUACACAGAGGGCUACCAGGUUCCCCCAGGGGCCACAUACACCGCUGUAGAGGCUCCAAAGGUGAGGCCCCUCAUGCACUCGCAUAUAAUGUAAUAUUCUUCUUUGCUA